ACGGAAACACUCUUUCCUCCAUGCAUACAUUACGUAGCGACAUGCGGAGGGCGGACAUCACGUGCGUACUCGCAACCGACGAUCGCGUUUCGUUAGUCGACGCGGUGUCUCGCCCGAGGCGUAGCCGACGUUAAUCGGCGCCACAAUCUGUUCCACUGAACCGACGACACAACGAGGCGGGACGCCCGGCUCCAUGGCUUCCAGCAAAGGCGUCGAAUACGUCGAAGUCGUGCGGGGCGACCGCAUCAGGCCGAAAGCCAUCUACCGCCGCCGACGGUUCCGACUUAUGAGCGUGGACUCCACGCGUUAUCGGUGGCGCUGUACGGUGUCUAGAUGCUCGUCGCGACUCACGACCGACGAGUUCGAUGAGAAGCACGUGCUGUACAGCUUCAAGGAUCACGAUGAGGACGAACACCGCGCUGCCGAAGAAAGGAGGCACUGCGAUAAAUCUUUCAGUAGUGAGGUAAUGAAAAAGAUCGGCGAAUUCCUCUACGUGCCGGAGAGGACUGGGACUGUCGAAGAUACCAAGUGCUGGCGCUGCCGGUACGUCAGCUGCCCCGGACGGUGCCGCACCAGCCCCGACGGCGAACAGCUGCUGCUCGGGCCAACGGCACACACGUGCCAGUCACCUGCCCAGGAAGAGCAAGCCAGGCCGCCGCACGAAAAACCUCUCUCGAGUCAACACACGCCUGCAGAUCUAAGCCAGGGUGUGAGAGAUGCUAGUGAACACCAACUGGAGCAGCACGGAGACAAUGCAGCCGAGCUUGCAGAAUAUUUGUCAUUGCAUCCCCCCGAUGUUAUCUUGCGUGAAGAGUAUUCGCCUCGCCCUCGAGACUCGUCAGCAGCCGUUAAUGUGAGUGCCACUAAAUCGAAUGUAGAAGUAGCUGGAGUACUAGAGGAGGACGCAGGCCCAUCACAUCGUGUGCCGAGCCUGUUCGGCAGUCAGAAACAGAACAGCGGACCAGAGAAACGUCGUGAGGCAGCCACGUGUGUCGAGGAAGCCGACAUGGUUGAGUCAUUUCACGAUGACAGCGACGAUGACUCAUCGGACGAGGACGAUCGACGCUCGAGAAGAGGUGACGACGAAUACCACAAGGCCGAGGGGCAUUUGCGUUUGCGCUUGAGAUGGGGUGGUCAGACCAUCGGGAGUCCCGCGAAAUUCAUGCAAGCUCUGGAAAUUAUGUCCACCUUGUGCGCAUGCGCCGAGCAGAAGCUCCGAGUAGCUGUUUAUGAGCAGCUUUCCACCGUGCUAAGCAUGGAGGAAAAGUUGCUGAGGGAACAGAUGCGCAACGAGGACCGCAGAGGCAGGCUGCUCGAAAGCCAGAUGAAGAAAGGGCCCUCUGCGGCAGAGUGAUUGUGCACCAGGUGGUUGGACCGCCGCUCCAGCAACUGACACGAAGGCGUGAGUGAAAGACCGUAAGGCGCAACACAGCAGCUUGGUGGCUAUGUAAUGAGAUGCAUCCUCGGCUCGCUGGACGGCCCAGAGUUGGUGCUGCUGGUGAGAGCUGAGCAACGCAGACUCCCAGCGCGCGCGGAGGCUGUCGUUGUUUGAGGCUGCAUCACCGUUACUCCGUAUUACAGCCGUACAUUCUCAUAGGAUAUGCUCCAGGGCGGCUCUAUAGUUGCAAUGUCUGGACUUGUCCGUUGGGAAUAAAUCUGGGUGUAUUAGGUGCAUAAUUGCUGGACUCGGAUAGGAUCUGGUCUUUAACUGCCGCCAUUCUACAGGCUGGUUUUUGCUUAAUUUUGGGUGCGGCGGCGGGAAUGUACGCCUCUGCAAUCUAUGGUGUUGUGUAAUUUCGUGAAAUCUAGUCAUUCGAUCUUGCCACUCCCACUCACCGGUAGUCGGUGAGGCGGGGUUAACCGAGGCUCGGUCCGUAAGUUCUCGAGUCAUGCGGUGCGCCACCUCAUUGUAGGGUGACAAAAAAAAAUGCUGAAUAAUAAAGUGUGGAGAAUGUGUGAUAAAACUUCGUGGUCGCAAAUUCUUUGUAUAAUGCCUAGGAAAAUUCACGCAGAAGUAAGUCUGCGGGUCGCGGGCACCGUUUUCCUUUCUUUCUUUUGCAGGCCUCUAGAUAGCACACACCUGCAAAACAUUUGUCGUUUAGCACGUGCUCUAGAAAGAUCCUCACAAAACUAUUCACGAUAGUGAGAUGCGGAAUCGCAUCGACCUGUGAAUAAUAUGCAGUUUUCCCCGCCAAGAGAGACAGAGAUAAAGGGGGUGGGAAAGGCAGUGAGGUUAACCGGAACAGAUCCUGGUUUGCUACCCUGCACUUGGGGUAGGGUAAAAGAAAUAAAAGACCGAAACAAAUAGCGGAAAAAAAAGGAAGUGCAUGAAAAAUAAAUUCAGGAGGGUGGGAAAGUCCGUGAGAACCAUAGUCUCUCUAACAGGCCACUCGAACGCAAAAAUUUCAAGAGCGCCUUGACCGACUUAUGGUGUGACGACUGCAUAGCCGGGGUUCCAGGACAGAUCUUUCCAGGACAGUUGUUUUGGGCACCAAGUGAACUGCGUAGCACCUGCGCUAGUGUACAUAACAAAGCAAUACAAAAAGUCACUCUAGAUUGGACGGCCGUGGAAGGUUAGGCACAGAAAAUGUUUUAUUUCACACACCAUUAAUGUGACUUAUCAUCGGCUCUUUUUGUGUGGAAACACAUACAAUGGGAAGUCAAGUUUUUGUCCCAAUGUUACCUUAAGGGGACACCAGAGAAAGGUAGAAGUCUAGAACAGGUAUUCACACUUGGUUGCCCUCAGUGAAUUCUGUGGAUAUAUUUGUCUGUACAAAAGACUACUGUGGUAAAUAAUCAUAAAAACUAAGAAAAAAAUUAAGUUAUGUGUCACUCAAAAUUAGGUUACCUCCAAUAUUUAUAGAAACACUUCUUUCAGUCUGUGCCAAGCCAUAGGAAAGCUUCACCUAAGUAAGUCAUGCUUACUAAGUUAAAAACCAGAACAAGUAAAAUCAGAAGAACUUAAUAUAAUCGAGUGAUGUGUAAAUGUGGCGUCUUGUUUUACAUAUUCAUCUAUUUACUGAGGCUGGAGUAAAGCUGGUACAUAAUCUACUCUUACAGGAUGAGUUUCGAUGAGUAAAAGAAGCCUUCCUCACGUCUUCCGCUUUGCGUCUUUUGGCUCUUUAUGCACCAUGUGUAUUGCUACAGAUGUGUAUGUGUAGUUGGGUGUAGUUAUCCCCUGUACUGCUUCCUUCCUUGUCCUCAUCAUUCAUGCACUAUCUUUGACGUAACAAAAUAUGGCUACCUAUGAUGCAUAUAUUGUCAGCGUGUUUGCUUUACGGCAAGUUUUUUGUUAGUGCUUAUUGCAAUCUGUCAAAUUGUCACUGUCAGCUAUUAUUCAUAGUCUUAAAAAUAUGUGUUUAUCAACAUGAAUAAAAUUAUUGGCAUAUAUUUUGCUGCAUUUUUGUAAUAUCAUCAGUUAUGAAGUUUCUAUGCACUGUUGCACAUUGUAUGAAGGAAUAAAAUUGAUGCACAACGUUUUAA